GAUCCGAGAGAUUGCAGGGCAGGGCUUGCAAUCAUGAGUAUUGUAAAGCAUGUAAUUAGUCCAUCAUUAGAUCAAGUGGCACAUAUAUCGGUAAGGCAACUCGGUCUACAACUAGAAAAACCAAUGAAUUAAAAAAAAAAUUUAAGGAAGUUCACGUUAUUUCUUUUAUUAAAGAAGAAACGAGAAUUUUGCAUAUUAGUUUUAGAGUCAAUUUGGUAAACGGCAGAAAUAGAUGACAAAUUAUGUAAAUAGUAAUUGAAAGGAAAAAGGAGAUAUUUUGUUAUUUAGAUUUAUGGUUGAUCAAAAGAAAAGAUUUAUCCUUCAUUUAACUUACAUUGCUAGGUGGAAGCACCGUAGCGUACUGGUUAAGGUUUAAAGGUUUAUACACUCAGGCCUGAGGUUCGAAUACAGACUAUGCAAGUUACAUGAAAUCCAGGUUUCAAAUCCCAGAGAGAAUGAGUUAUUAAACAAUUAUCCAGACUACGAAAGAAAGGUUUACGAGGGAUCUUCAACAUGGUGCAAGUAAAUCUGGUCAGGCGUAGAUUUUAAUAGGACGGCUCAGGUGAUGCAGUUAGACGCAAGUCCUCAUAAACCAGAUAGUAUUGUCGGUUGUCGAAUCGUCUAUGUAAUAUUUUUCAUAUCAUAAUAAAUCAGCGUUAAAAAAAAAACUUACAUUAGUAUUAUUUUAUGUAGAUGACUGAUUCAGUUAUUUAUCAAAUAAACUAUUAAUUAGAACUAAACCCUAGAUCUAACUCUUAAACUCUAUCUUCUAUUUUAACCAUAUAGGCUAUAUAUAUUACCAUAUGUUGUAGCAUAGUAGAAUUAGUAAACCUUUUUAAAAUAUGUGUAUUACAGUUAAGCACGUUUUACUCAACAAGAGUCAGCCGGAAGCUCACCAGAAAAAAAAACAGUUAACGUUGUUGACCAUCGUUUAUACGCAUGCUGGUCAUGAAUUUAUAAUUCAGUUUGACGGAAAUAUGAUUUUACCUGUACAGAUGUAAUGAUGAUUAAGAAAAUAUUCUUAGUGUAAGUGACAAUGUGACAUGCAUGUAGAACUCAAAACACCGGUUUUAGGAUGGCGAACCAAAAACAAAACAAAAAAAGAGUAAAAAUGAUUUUUCUCAAAAAAAAGAACAAAAAUGCUUUAGGAUACUAAGCUAACGAAUUUUCAGUAUAAGUUGAACGAAAAAAAAAAACUCUUUUAUCAAAGUUCAUGAAUGAAAACCAAAUUAAAACAUGAUACAACCUGCAGGGGCUGAGCUAGAAUUUUUUUUUAUUCGGGGCAAACUAUAAAUAAAUAUCUUAAUAAACUGAAUUUUUAACAGAGGCAUUAAUAAAAUUCUUGACAAAAUUACACUAACUUAAAAAGUUUAUGGUGGGGCAAGUGCCCUUUCCAAACUAUAUGUACGUCCGCCACAGGGUACAACUACAAGUCAUCAUAAGUAGGAACAAAGAACCGAAUCUCACGUUCCAAAAAUAAUAGCAUGCGUAAAGGUAAAACGAAAAUAAGAUUUAAAAAGAGGAAAAAUAUCCAUUGCAGAUAGGCUCAUAAUCUAUUAAUCUUAUAUGAUUUGCUUGGGCCAAUCCUAAAAGCCACAAACUCAUUUCACUGUCAAUCAUAUGAUUAGAUGGUGAUGACUGAUGAUCAUCUGAUUUUGCACAUUUCCAUGUGACCCACCUUUUGUAUCUUUAAAAUUCCUCAAAGGGAACUUUAGAAUAAACGAGAGGGUCCACAUAAUGAAUGACCUCUUCUAUUUAAACACACCUCAUUUCAAUUGUUCCACAUAACCAAAUCCAUCAAUUCAAUUAUCUAUCACAUUUCGAGUGUAAACAAAAGUAUACUAAUUAAAUAUGGAUUUCAAUGGUAAUGUAAAUGCUGGUUCUUCCUCUAUAUCAAAAAAGAGUCAUAGGCAAAAGCAGCAACAACCGCAACCUCAGCAACAUACUGAAGAAAUCAAGUAUGUAGGAGUGAGGCGGAGGCCGUGGGGAAGAUACGCAGCUGAGAUAAGAAACCCGACUACAAAAGAGAGGCAUUGGCUAGGUACAUUUGAUACAGCCGAGGAGGCUGCAUUGGCCUAUGAUAGAGCCGCACGGUCUAUUAGAGGCUUGACUGCUCGGACCAACUUUGUCUACUCCGAUAUGCCUCGUGGCUCCUCAGUAACUUCCUUCAUCUCUCCUGAUGAAUCACAACGUUUCAUUUCCGAGUUAUUCAACCCCCCAAGCCAACUAGAAGCUCCUCACAGCAGCAACAACAACAAUCUAUAUUUAUCCGCGAACAAUCAAAACCAAAACUCUAUUGAAUUCGCAUACAGUGGGUGGACACAUGAGUCUGAAUGUGGUUAUCAGUCUAUGAACACUAAUGAUGAGCAUUGUAAUCAUGAGCUUGCACCUCUUCCUCCAAGUACUUGUUCUGGGGCUGAACUUACAAUUCCGGAGACCGAUAGCUAUUGGAAUCUGGCGCAUGCUGGCAUGGAUACGUUUUCCUUUGAGAUCGAUGGCUUUGUGGAUCAAAACAGUCUUGGUGAGAGUGGAACAGAAGGGUUUGGCUCUUCAUCCUCCACAUUCUUCUAUCAAUAAUAGUGAACUGCCCAAGUUUGUGACUUUCUUUUUUAUUGAACAAUCCUUUUGCCUCUUUUAUGGAGUGGAAUGAAAUAUAUCACGUGUUUUUCUCUCUCUUGUAGCGUUUUAUGUUUCUCUAAUAAUUCAACUAAAGAUUUUGUUAUUGUUGCUUAUAAAAUGCAAGGUUUCUUGAUCGCAUGUUACUUUUCCUAACGCCUUACGGUUGUGAGUUAUAACCAGAGGAAAAAAUGCCGUCAUUGUUCAAAGUCUCUUAUAGUUCGAUCUUUUUAACACUAAAGAUUCAUUAACAUAUAUAAGCAAAAGACCAUACAUAGCUAAAAUACAUUUGUGAGAAACUAAGCCAGCAGGUACAAAACCACCUCUGGAAGAACAGGGAGACAAAGCCCCACCAUGAGGAGACAAACUAAUGCAUAAGAACUAUUUUCUCCCAAAUCCAUCUAACACCAAUUAGCACACAAGAGAAGGACAGUGAUAACCAAAGCCAAGGACAAACCGCAACCAAAAGACCGAGAUGGGGUUUGAGAAAAAUAACUUAUAUUAAACCGAAAAAGCACUCUCCGGCGAUAAAACCAUGUGUCACCCCCAAAAAACCAAAGAGUCACCAGAGAAAAGAAGCGUUAGAGCAUCUUCAACUUCAUUCUAAAAUAUAGUUUGAAGUAAGAAUGUUUUAAUCUACUUUAUUUUUCGUUCUAUAAUAUAAUAAAAAAUAAGUUUACUCUCUAAAUAGAGUAAUUCAUUUAUUUAUUAUUUUUAUUCUAAAAUAUAAUACCACUGAGUCAAAAAUCAUUUCCAUUAUAAAGUUAUUCUAUUUUGAUUUGACCAAAACAAGUUACUAUAUUUUGAAAAAAUAAAGUGAAACAUUAAAGAUGGUUUUAGAGAAAAGUAGAGAGAAUCAGAAGAGAGAGAGAGAGGUUUUGAAAAUGGUGAGUUUGUUGAAUUAUUAAGAUUUGGUUGUGUCAAAGCUCUGGUCUUCUUUCUUCUUUCGUCACACUUCCAUGUUUUAUCAACUCUUUGGGGUCUCGGUCCUCUUUGAGAUCAGCGAGUCUUCUGCUCACCGUCUCACUAUAAGGGAAGCCAAUCGUGUUUUGGUUUCCCAAACCAGAAUCCUGAAGGGUCAAAUUCUCAUGUCUACAGUUUUCAAUAUACAAACCCUAUUGAUUUGAGAAAUCCCCUAUCGGACAGCGUCCAUGUCUUGAUUUUAUUACGUGGCUUCAAACUUUGGAACCCAAGUUUGAGACGGGUUUUAGCCUUACCAGAUCACACCAAACAUAUGCCCGGGCAUUGAGAAGGAAGGACGCUUUCAGAGGUUUCUAUACGAGCAGCUAGUAGUCAUAUCCCUAGUAGCAGCCAUUUAUCCCGCUUCCCUCCGCAUUUCAUCGAGUGGUCAUGCUAGAAACAUAAGUCCAUUUUGUUGGUCUUAUUUAGGGUACGAUCCAUUGCAGGGUAAACACAAGGUAUUAUCUAUAUACCAAGAUAUACAGACUCAGGUUCUUACAUUGGGAGUUCAAGAAUCAUGGAGAACAAUAACCAAAAAUAGCCUUGUACAUUGUACAUAUUUCUCACGUGGGAAAUGCUUCAAUGCAGUUGUGUAUUAUGAAAUGAAGCUCAUGUUGAUGAUCAACGUAUAAUAAUGAGCUUUGAUGUCAAAUCUAAAAACUUCAAUCCGAUAAAUAUCGGAGGGUAUUUCUAAGUUUUUGCAUCAUAUGAUGAUACCUUAUGAGGGAAGGCUAGCCUUAGAUUUUUUUUUUUUUUUUUUUUUUUUUUUUUUUUUUUUAAGUUCUUGUUCUUUAUUCCUUCUUCCUUCCCACAGGGGAUACUGUUUUGAAUACAAGAAAUUGAAGCAACUUAAUUAAAUGACAACCAGAAUGGGUGGCUAAAUAAAUAUAACAAACACAUGUGAAGCUAUGAUUUGGCGAUCAUGAAUUCCAUGGAGCAGACUUUGACUAUGAAUCGAAGUGGCGAAACCAGAGAAGAAGAUAUGUUUCCAAAUGUGGUGAAGGAUGCUGCAAUCGCUGAGGCCUAGAAGAACCUCUUAUCCGAUCUAAUCCAAACAAAUUUGCCUUAAUAAGAACCUUGACCUCUUUGACCAGAAUAUGGGAUGGUUUACUAGUUGAAGUAUGCAGUCUCAAAUUUCUUUCCUUCCACAGCACAUAUAAAAUAGCUUGAACAAGGAGGUAGCAAAUAUCUUUGACUUGAGAAUUACCUGCUGCGGAAGGUAACCAAGAGAUGAUGCCCUCAAAAUCAGCUGGAGGAGAAAAGGCAGGAGAACUGAAAAAUUCGGUCCAUACUUCUUGGGAAUAAGGACAAGCAAAAAAUAUGUGAUCACGGUUCUCGUCCGAAGCAUUACAGAGAAGACAUGACGAAGAAACAUUCAUUCCCCACUGCUGCAGCCUGUCUUUCGUUGGUAACCUAUUGAGGAUUGCCACCCACGAGAGGAAGGCAUGCUUAGGAAUUCUCGUUUUGAACCAGAUUGUCUUGUGCCAAGGAACUGAAGGAGGAGCCGGAUACAGAGUCUCCCAUGUUUUUGAGGCUGCAAAUUGACCAGGCUCCGAGGCAGGGUUGUUCCGCCAUAGAAAAACAUCAGGAAGAUCCAGUGACAGAGAUGGAGGAUUGCUGGGUAAACAAGCUCUGAUGAGCCUUAGUUACUAUGUUGUUUCCCUUUGAUAGUGUUAAUCUCUAUAUUUUGAAAAAUGAAGAUGGACACAGAUGGACACAUCAAAGCCUUAUCUUCAUGUACCUUUUAAGAGCGAAUGGAGAGAUCGUAUAAGUUACAAGCGUGUUACUGAUGCUGGUGAGCUUGUUUUCCCAGACCACAUCGAGAGUCUCUUCUCCAUGCAUGUAAAGCAGCGCCUUCACUUGCUUAUUCCUCUUCAUAUGUUUUUAUUCCUUCCAGUGAUAUUUGAUUUUCAUGAAACAAUAUGAUUAGCUUAUGUGUUUAUAAUAACUUUGUUAUUGUGACAGAACCGUUCAUUCGUCUCAUGUCCGACUUUUUAUUAGGUGAUACAACUAAUUUACGUCUCCUUUCAUAGAUGAAACAUUUGAUUUUUAUCAUAUCGUAUAUAUAAGAUUUUACUCUACUUUUAUUAACGUAUGUAUAUUCCCUUGGGUUAAAAAACAAUUCGAUUUAUUAUUUAAAUAUCAAUACUUAAUUGGUUUUAUUAAUAACUAUAUACCAAAUUUUCUAUUAUGUAGGUUCAACUUAAUUUAAUUUUCACAUAUGUUUCAAAUUUAGAAAUAAAACAAAAAUUAUGUAAAUCAAUAUUGUUACAUAAUAAUGUUUUCAAAAUAAAUUUUGUUACAAAAUAUAAAAUUUAUAAAUUUAUAGUAAUAAUAUUAUACGGGGCUUUUUGCAAA